GGCGGAUGGGCACGGCACCCUCCCACAUUCAGGCCCCCUCCGCGGGGCGUGGGGCGCGGGGCCGAGACCCCCAGCCCCCACCGGCGCCGGGCCCGGCUUCCAGCGUGCUCGCGGCGGCGCCCUGAGCGCGCCAGGUCCCCUUCGUGCGCGCCCCCUCCCCACCUCCCUCGCACCUGCUCCUCCUCCUCGGUCCCGCCCAGCGCGCCGCAGCCGGAUCCCCGGCGCUAGGAGGAGAGAGGGGGCGCUGGCGGCGACACAAAGGGCGGAGCGGCAGGGCCGGGGCCUGGGAAGCAUGGACGCCGAGUACCCUGCCUUCGAGCCCCCGCUCUGCAGCGAGCUCAAGCACUUGUGCCGGCGGUUGCAGGAGGCGUACCGCGAGCUCAAGGAGGACCUCACGCCCUUCAAGGAUGACCGCUACUACAGGCUGGCGCCCAUGCGGCUCUACACACUCUCCAAGCGCCACUUUGUCCUCGUGUUUGUCGUCUUCUUCAUCUGCUUUGGCCUGACCGUCUUCGUUGGGAUCAGAGGACCUAAAGUGAUCCAGACUUCUGCGGCAAAUUUUUCUCUAAAUAAUAGCAAAAAGCUAAAGCCAAUUCAGAUACUUUCAAAUCCACUGUCUACAUAUAAUCAGCAACUAUGGCUGACAUGUGUUGUUGAGUUGGAUCAAUCAAAAGAAACUUCUAUUAAGACAAGCUUUCCCAUGACUGUUAAAGUCGAUGGUGUAGCUCAAGAUGGAACCACGAUGUACAUUCAUAACAAAGUUCACAACCGGACAAGGACCCUCACAUGUGCAGGGAAAUGUGCAGAAAUUAUUGUGGCUCACCUUGGCUACCUGAAUUAUACUCAGUAUACAGUGAGAGUGGGAUUUGAACACCUGAAGCUCCCCAUCAAGGGAAUGAACUUCACAUGGAAGACUUACGACCCUGCCUUCUCCCGGUUGGAAAUCUGGUUCCGGUUUGUUUUUGUGGUGCUCACCUUCAUCGUCACUUGUCUGUUUGCGCAUUCCCUCCGGAAGUUUUCCAUGAGAGACUGGGGCAUCGAGCAGAAGUGGAUGUCUGUCCUCCUGCCUCUGCUGCUCCUUUACAAUGAUCCGUUCUUCCCUCUCUCCUUCCUGGUGAACAGCUGGCUCCCGGGGAUGCUGGAUGACCUCUUCCAGUCCAUGUUCCUGUGUGCCUUGCUGCUCUUCUGGCUUUGUGUGUACCACGGGAUUCGCGUCCAGGGAGAAAGAAAGUGUUUAACUUUCUAUUUGCCUAAAUUCUUCAUUGUUGGACUAUUGUGGUUGGCUUCUGUUACACUAGGAAUAUGGCAAACAGUUAAUGAAUUACACGAUCCAAUGUACCAGUAUCGAGUUGACACUGGAAAUUUUCAGGGAAUGAAGGUCUUCUUCAUGGUGGUGGCGGCGAUGUACGUCCUGUACCUCUUGUUUUUGGUAGUGCGGGCAUGUUCUGAGCUACGGCACAUGCCUUAUGUGGAUCUCAGGUUAAAAUUCUUGACCGCAUUGACCUUUGUAGUACUUGUCAUUAGCAUCGUCAUCCUUUAUUUGCGAUUUGGAGCGCAAGUACUACAAGACAAUUUUGUAGCAGAGCUGUCCACUCACUACCAGAAUUCAGCCGAGUUCUUAUCUUUCUACGGCUUGCUGAACUUUUAUCUCUACACCUUGGCCUUUGUGUAUUCUCCGUCGAAGAAUGCCCUCUAUGAGUCACAGCUGAAAGACAACCCUGCCUUCUCCAUGCUCAAUGACUCCGAUGACGAUGUGAUUUAUGGGAGUGACUAUGAAGAAAUGCCCCUGCAGAACGGCCAGGCCAUCCGGGCCAAGUACAAGGAAGAGUCAGACAGUGACUGAGCCCCUUCCAGGCCAGUGAGGUGACAAGGUGCCUGGAUGCUUUCCCUGGUGACCAUUUCCCGACCGUCCCAUUUGACUUUUCUUCAGCAGAGAUUUCCUAUUUCUUACUUGUUUACAUUUUUUUUAACGGAAAACCAAAACUGAAGGCAAAUUUAAAUGUUUAGCUAAAUUUAUCGUAAUGAUAGCUGUGAGAAGAGAGGCGCUGAUAAAAAGUUUCAACAGCCAAAUCCUUUUUACAAAGAUUUCAGAUGAGAGUGCAUGUGUUCCGUGAUGAGGAGGAAAUUACCCAUUUUUAGUGGAGUGAAUUACACUUUUUUUUUUUUUAAAUCAUUCACUGAUUCCAGGUUCAUGGGCAGCCCUGCGACUAGGUCCACAGCAUGACAGCAUUACCCGCCUGCUUCCCUUCUCUAUGGUAGUUUUUGACUCUUUCAACUCAAAGAAAGCCUUUUCUGUGGCUGCUUCAGGGCAGUCCUUCCUCGUUGAGCGGCUGGAACCAAGUGGCUGAAGUGAUGGGUCACUUAUGUAGACUGCGUUUUGGGCAAUGUGUGAGUUACGACUCCUCGGGAAUGGAGGAUGCCUGGGUUCCAACCCUUUACAUCACCACAGGGGAAAUAAUAGUGUGGAGUUCUGGGGAGGGCUUGAUAAGCUGAAUAAGGAAAGGCUGAGAUAAUUUGCGGGUUACCAACUCCCGUGGAUAAGGUCUUAUUGCCAUGGUGCUUUUCAGGGGCCUGUGUGCACACACAUGACUGUGAAUUAUGUCCUAUGUCCCUGUGGCUGGUGUGGGCAGGAGAGAAACCCUUAACUAUUCUAAUAAAUAGCAGUUUCUGCAGUUCUGUUGAAUAUGAAAUGCCACAGAGUUUUGUGUUUUUGUUUUUUUUUUUAAUUAAAGCUAAAUGAAAGCCCAGGAGCAUUGGCUCACACCUGUAAUCCCAGCACUUUGGGAGGGAAUGGUGGGAGGAUAACUUGAGCCCAGGAGUUCGAGACCAGGCUGGGCAACAUAGGGAGACCCCAUCGGUACAAAAAAAAAAAAAAAAUAGCUGGGCAUGUCAUGCCUGUGUAGUCCCAGCUACUCAGGAGGGUGAGGUGGGAAAACUGCUUGAGCCCUAGAGGUUGAGGCUGCAGUGAGCCAUGACUGUGCUUCUGCACUCCAGCCUGGGUGUCAGAGCAAGAACCUAUCUGAAAAUAAAGCUCAAUGAAAGAUUGAUAAAAUUUUUUUUAUUGCAUUUUAGGUUUUGGGGUACAUGUGAAGAACAUGCAAGAUUGUUGCAUAGGUACACACAUGGCAGUGUGAUUUGCUGCCUUCCUCCCCAUCACCUAUAUCUGGUAUUUUUAGAUUCUUUAUUGGCAAAAGUGUUUAAAAUUCCUAUUUUGAAGCAAAAAGAAAAAUGUUUUAAAUGGUGCAUGGGAAACCUAGUUGGGUAGAAGGCAGCUUGUGCAGAAGGGGUUCCCUGUCCUCCAUGAAUCACACAGCGGUCAGGUCGGGACAACCUCCUCCAUGAAGUCCUUGGCACCCCUGAAUCUGUGGCAUCAUACGAGGCCCUGGAGCUUCCCCUUUUAGUCAAGGUCUCCAUACGGAAGUCUCGUGCGGACAUCUCCCUUGCUUUCCCCUUGCCCUCUACAGCCACACCUCUGUGAACAUCCGGUAACUGUGGGCAAGCUGACUGAUGCUGUCUUGGCAAACUGAGGUCCAGAGGAUGAUAGUUCCGAAAUGCAAGCAGUACCCAAUUUUUUCCUUCAUCUAUGCACUGACUCAUAUUACCAUGCAGAGCUUCAAAUUAUCAUUCACAUUAAAUAGUGCUAGGAUCUUAGAGAUCUUCUUGAGAGACUGUUUGUCAUGACUCUGUAUCUUUCCUUUUAAUUUAAACUUCAGUGAUACUUUUAAUAUGGAGUCCAUUCACAUUUCUUUAAAAAACCUUGUAAAUAUGAAUAUUUAAGACAAGUGUUAUUGCAAGGGUAACUCAAGUUUACAUGAUUUUUAAAUUUGCAAUGAUGUGAUGACUUUUUGUUUGAAAAAAAAAUGUUACCAAAUUUUACAACUUCUGACUACUGUAACUAUAAUUUUAUGUAAACUAAUGAAGACUUGUGCUGAUUAACAUAUUCUGUGAUACAGUUUACAACUUUUAAUCAUUAUAAAAUAAUCAUCCAUGAUUUGGAAUGCUGUUAUUUAUCAGUAAAUAUAAAAUAUUUGAGGCAUUUAGCCAUACACACACUAGAACAUUUUAAAACUUACCUUUGUCCUAUACUGUAAUUAUAAGCCGAUGACUAUUAUCUUUAUACAUUGAGUCUUCAUGGGAUUAUUUAUUUACUUUGUGUAACUAAGUUGGAAAUAAGAAAAAAGAAAGUACUUAACGGGAAAAUGUUUAAGUCAUGUAUUUUCAACUUGUUUUCCCUGGUAUAUCACAAAUAUUAACAUAUUAUGUACCCCGUGUAAAAUUUUGCUUAAACUCUAUAGCAAUUGGCAUGUAGAAUAUGUGCCCUAAGUAUUGGGCUGAAACACUAAAGUCUGCCAGAACUUUUGACAGUAGCAAGUAAAUUGUCUUCUGCAAGGAGAGUUUUCCAAACUGAAAGGGCUGACUUUCGUUUUUUCAUGGUAAUGGUGUGAAUAACAUCAUCUCUGGGAUUUUUUAAUACUGGUUCAGUCUAGGGGAACUGGAAGAUGACCAGAGGUAUUUCAGUUUCCCUAGGGAGAGCUUCGUUAUCCAUGUGGAUAAUCAGUCUGCUUGAUUUAUUAUUGAAUCAUUACAGCAGUGAUGUGGUGCCAUUUUUCUCUCUCUCAAGCCCCAUUUGAAAGGCUAGAGAAGGGGAGAUGUGUGAUAUUCAAGGGAAGGCUGUUACUGUACAUAAUUGCAGAUUGCAGUCAAAGCCUAGAUGCAUUAUGUAAACCCAACCCACUAAAUGGGGAGGUCACAAGACAGAUGUCACCAGCGUCAAGUAUUUUAUGAACUAUUUACUGAGGGUAGUUGUGUUAAAUAGGUUAUAAUGUGGUAAAUUAUUUCCUGAAUCCUUUACCAUAGGAAAAACAGAUCCUCACAAAAGGGAUGUCUCUCUGAACGCUUAGUGAAGAGGAGACUUAAAACGUGAAAGUGUAUUUGUGUAUUUUGAGCAUUUUAGAAACCAUUUGCCUUAGAGGUUGGACUUUUGGGGUGGAAAAAAAAAGAUACAAAUCUUUUCCCCUGGCCGAAGGGAAGUUGUGUUUGUCUGUGACAUCUUGUGAUGCUGUUUAUCUUGGUUUGACAUUGGAGAUACGCUGGUAACCAUACUAUGAAACAGAAGAAUUUUCUGCUACUUAAAACUGCCUUUUUUUACAAAAUGACUGUAAAUAUUUGUAAAAAGAACACUAAACCUUAAGCCCAAAGGGAGAGGUAGAGCUGUAUGUUGGGUUGCGGAAGGAGGGGUAGGGCCGUGUGCGAGGGUGUGGAAGGAGAGGUUGGGCCAUGUGCGCGGGUGUGGAAGGAGAGGUAGGGCCAUGUGCGCGGGUGCGGACUGUCUGUGGAGCACAGUGCCACCCCAUCACAGUUGUUGCUGUCAUCAGGCAAAAAUGAAUGAAUGUUUAUGCUAAGUUCAUGUUUUGCGAAUGGCUUAAUUCUGACACUACCCUUCUGCUAAAUGUUAAUAAAUUUUUAGUAUUCA